AUGUCUGGAAACCAAAACAACAAGAACAAAAAGAACGCCAACAAGUCCACAGCUCCGCCAAUGGAUGGCCAGCUGGCCAUUGCAAUGCAAGGCGCGGACAUCUCUGGAAACGACGACAAGCCAGCCAAGCUUCCCUUCGAGCUUCAGCAAGAUGGGCAGCCCAAGAUCAACCCAGAAGACAAGAAAGACAAGGAUCCAUCUUUCUACGACGAAGAGUAUGCCGUAUCAAACAUCACUGGUACGCAAGGCGAGAAGCUGGACAUCCGCGUCAACAGGCUCGCCAUCAGCUACAAUCUACUUCCAAAGGAGUUCUACUGCUACUCGGUCGCCCUCCCACGGAUCAGCGGCAGAGUGGUCACUAAACGCCACAUCAAGAAAUUUCUCAUGCGCGAAACCUUGAUCACUGGACAGCCCUGGAGUGCAGCUUUUGCAAGCAACAAGAUCUUCACGGACUGGGAUUCUCUGAUCGUAACUGCGGAUCCGAAAAUUGGGUUGCCGACACAGCAAGGCGACAAAGCCACGGCUACCUUCCCAUUCCGCAACCAGAGCGAUCCACCAGGAACAGCACCAACACCUGUCACUUCAACAAUCACAUGUCUCGCUGUCAUCAGUCGCAGCGGCCUGACCGAUUAUCUCGGUCCCGACGGAAUCAAUGCUCCAACCUUCAACCACAGUGUCUGGAUGCGAAUCUUCAAUAUGAUGCUCAAACACUUCGCUGCCCAAGCUAACAACACCAUUACGAUUGGCAAUAAACUGUUCAGGACUGUGCCAUCCAAUGCGCAACGUCUGCCAUCAGGUCUACUGCCACAGCAAGGCUUCUUCGCCUCAGUUCGACCAGUCAACAAAGGGCUCCAGGUUCACUUCAACACCGCUGCUGCCGCUUUCUUUCCUGCGAUACCUCUGCACAAGUUUUUGCAAGGAUACUUCGGGCCUACGCUCAACCUCGAGUCUGUGAAUGGACACCUCAGGGCGGAGAUCGUCGCCACGAUUACUGGCUUGAAGGUCCGCUAUAUGUACAACCCUCCAGAUCCAGACACUCGUGCGAGGUCUCCUCCCUUGGCAAACGCGGCUGCCGGCCGCCUCAAGACCGUCAACUCACUUGGUGGUUCAGCAGAUGCGGUCAGCCGGCCACUUCAAGGCUAUCCUGCACAGACGUCAUGGACUGUGGAGCAGCACUUCAACACGAACGUUCUGACACCACCUGCGCGGAUCCAGUGUCCUAAGCUACCUCUCAUCAACGUCGGCCCAAAGAGCACUCCACAGAACCGGAAUGCUGAGGUCUGGAUUCCUAUGGAACUGCUCAUGAUUGAGCCGAACCAACCUCUGCGUACAACUGUUCCAGAGAACGACAUGACUCCCAUGGCGACCCAUUCGCGUCGUCGUCCUCUCCAGAACGUAGCUCUUCUGGAGGGUGCCGGCCUCCAGCUUCUCCAGAGGUCCAUGUUGAUUCAACAUCGUGUUAUGCAGAUUGCCGGCGGCGCUGGUCAGUUGAUGCAUACUGUCGGCAGGUUUCUCCCACUUCCUGAGCUACAGUAUCGCGGUCAGGGACGUGCCGAGAAGCACAGAAUGAAGAGUGGCAGAUGGGAUCUGAAGCGCCAAAAGUUUCGGUCUGGUACGAAAUUGGACAAACUUCUUGUCAUCAUAGUAGCCGAUGCGAACUUGGAUAAAAGUCAAGUGCAGCAGACGCUCAACAAGGUUGCUCGAGGUCUCGACGGCUAUGGUGUGGAAUGUACCGGUGCACAAUUUGCACACGCGCCAAAUGCAGGCUCAGUUCACCUGUCCGCAGCAUACGACAGCUUUCGGCAGCCCUCUAUCAGAACAGUCUUGGUCAUCUUACCUCGGAAAGACUUCAACAUGUACUCAGAAGUGAAGACCUGGGGCGAGCUCGGGAAAGGAGUGAAUACCAUAUGUGUCACGAAGGACAACGCGACGAGAAGCCUUCACAAGCCAGACUUUCAGGGCAAUCUUGCAUUAAAGUUCAACGCUAAGCUUGGUGGUAAGAACCACACUUUGGGCAAUAGCUUUCAGGGACUGUUGCACUGGGAAAGUGGGGCAACGAUGGUGGUCGGAGCCGAUGUCACUCAUCCAGGACCUUCUAGCAUUGAGUACUGCCCAUCUAUCGCCGCUGUUGUUGCUAGCCAGGACAAAGACUGUGUGCAAUUUCCAGGCUCGAUGAGACUGCAAGCAAGCCGUACAGAGACUAUCCUCGACAUGCAGGGCAUGAUGGUGGAGAGGCUUCGUCACUGGAAGGUCAAGAACAAAGACACACUGCCCGACAGCAUCUUGUACUACCGCGAUGGCGUAAGCGAGAGCCAGUUCGCUAUGGUCAAGCAGCAGGAGCUUAGCGCUAUCAGAGCUGCCUACACUCAAGUUGCCGGACAGGACGCUAAAGUAGCAAUCACGGUGGUCGUCUGCACGAAGCGUCACCAGACUCGGUUCUACCCACGAGCCAAGCAGGAAGACCUUGGUGAAAAAGAGCUUGAGCACUUCGACAGAAACAUGAACUUCAACAACGGCCUAGUCGUUGACGACCCUGCGAUUCGAGGUCCUCACUACUUCGACUUCUACCUCCAGGGCCACCAAGCUCUUCAAGGCACCGCUCGUCCGUGUCACUACUUCGUCAUUGAGAACGGCAUGGACUUCGGUCCAGACGACCUGCAAAUGAUCACCUACGGCCUCAGCUGGGUCUACGCCACCUCACUCACACCCAUCUCUCUGGCGGCUCCUGCUUACUACGCCGACAAGUUGUGCGAGCGUGGCAGAGCUUGGCUUCGCCCACUGCUGGUGAGAGGCCACGGGCUCCGACCUACACCACAGCAGGUCGCUGCAAUCAUUGCACCACUGGGCCAACACGCGACUGAUCAGCAGAAGAGGAACCAUGUCGCUGCGCACUACGCUAGUGGACAGAAUGCCGGUCCGGUCAUCUUCUGGCCUAGGAAUGGAACCCUCAAGAACCCUUGCCACCAGGCCAUUGAGGACACCAUGUUCUAUGUCUAA